AAUACUAAUCUUAGAGUGCUCUAAAAAUACAAAUAGAAUCCUAUCAUAUUUCUAUCUAUCGGAAAGAUUGACGUUUGGAAAAGAAAACCUCCGCGUAAGGGGCGUGGUGAGGGAAUCCUUCAUCUUGUCUCUUGUGGAUGUGGACAUUACUGAUAUGUAUAUGUACACUGAUAUAAAUUAUCCCGAGAAAACUUAACCAAAAAUAAAUACACUAGAACCAAUUACAAUGAAGGUCUGAAAUUGAUGCAUACGCUCUUGACGGAACAAUUAUUUGAAACCUAAUAAAGAUACGACUAAAAAUCAUGUUGAAAAACCGACAAAGUUGGCACGGAAUCGACCGUCGAUCAAAUAACAUGGUUACAUUCUCUUACGCGUUCGCUUUCUAUUUUCGUAAGGACAUGUUAUUGACCAUGGAUUUUAUCUUUCAUUAUAAAACUAGGAUUGGGCGCGUAUACUCGAUAUCAAGCUUGUGAAUCUGGAUCAUAUUAUAGAUGUUGAUACGUGAUAACGAUAUGUGCGAUUUGGAUCAUGAUUUCGACGGGGAUUAAAGACGCAUUGGCUACAACAGCCUCAAUCUGCACUGUUUUACAAUUUUUAGCCGGCGUAUUGGUGUGUAAGAAGAUUAUUAAAAACGGUUCAACAGGAAAUAGCUCGCCUUUAGCAUUUAUAACAUGUUACACGUCGUGUCUUUUAUGGAUGAGAUAUGGUAUGCUUAUCGAAGACCACUUUAUAUUGUUAAUAAAUAUUUUUGGGAGUAUACUUCAAGCAUCGUAUGUUUAUGUGUAUAUUUCAUAUAGUGUAAAGAAAUUGAAAAUCAUCAGAGAAAUGAUAAUAGCAACUUGUUUCCUCGGAGCUGUAUACUUUUAUAGCUUUUACGAGCAGGAUAAGUUGCUAGCCGCUAAAUGUGUUGGCUUUCUGAGCUGUACAGUGGCAGUAUUAUAUUUUGCAUCUCCUUUAACGACAAUGGCACACGUAAUAAGAAUGAAGAACACUGAAAGUUUACCAUUUCCAAUAAUCAUGGCUUCAUUGGUAGUUUCUUCUCAGUGGUUCGCAUAUGGUUGCCUUCUCAAUGACCGUUUUAUACAGAUACCAAACUUUCUAGGUUGUCUAUUAUCUGCAUUUCAACUUUGUUUCUUUGUAGUUUAUAGGAACAAGCAAAUUCGAGGAGAUGAUUUAAUAUGAUGACAAUUCUACUCUCGAUUCACACGUUUAAUGUAAAUGUAACACGACUUGUAUUUUAAUGACAAAAUAUAUUUUUGUGAAAAAUA